CUCUGAGUGAAGUUCACACGGCGAGGUGUCGAAGCAGAGCGUUGAGGCAGAGUGGCCCAGCUAGAAGCGAAGAAGAGCCAGAAGAAAUGGCACAGAAAAAUAACUUUCAGUGCUCAAUCAGACCAUACAAGUCCUCAGAUAGGGACUUGGUCAUCUCCUUAUUCCGGUUUGGCAUCCUGGAGCACGUCUACCCAGCCUUCUUCAAAGCCAUGAGCCACCCGGAUCAUGUGGGCAUCACCCUCAGCUUUUCCAUGGCUGGCUAUGUGCUGGGCGGAAGUUCCUACUUCCUGGCUAUCUUAUUUGGUGGGGCGUGGGCCGCUUUGGUCUACUACUGCUGCCACGAGAUCUACGACGGCUACCUCAGAAGGAAGCUGGAUAUGGAGAUGGCUGACAUCCAGGCCAACUUCCUGGACAACCCCGUCAAUAGCUUCUGGGUGGCUGAGGCUGAGGUCGAUGGGCAGGCCAAGCUUGCAGGGCUGAUGGCAGUAAUGGGCAUGAAGUGUGGUCCAAUGAGUGACAUGAGUGACGGCUGGAAUGGCGGGGCAGUGGACGUGGCAUCCCUUGAAGGUAGUGCAGGGGAAAUGUUCAAACUGGUCGUCUCCUUCCCCCUAAGGAGGAAGGGCCUGGGAACCCAACUGACAGAGAAAGCCAUUGAAUUCUGCAAGGAGCAAGGCCUCUCUCGACUGGUCAUAGAGACCACUUCUUCUCAUAUUGCGGCCAUCUCCAUGUUCCGCAAGCUGGGCUUUGUUCAGACCUCCAGCCACAGCAGCACACAUGCUAACCGCUGGAUCUCCAAACUGGCCAGGAUCAGCGUGAUACGCAUGGAGAAGUUCCUCUAA